CACCAUGAAGCGCACCAAGACUCUUCCAUCCAACCUCCGCCGUCCGCUCGUCAUCACACGCGCCAACAGCGGCAACAACAACAGCAACAACAAUAACAACAAUUCCGCCAACAGUACACCAGGAGGUGGAGAGGACACGGUUUCCCUCUACACAUAUCGUCUCCACGUGGGAACUACACAAACCAUUGAACUCACUCUCCACAACCCUCCACAGAGUCCCAGCAGAGGCAGUAACCAGCGAUCAAAGGAUGACCACUCCUCUCUCACCUCCCACGGCUCCUCCUCUCCCUCCUUGCACUCCAGUGGGGCUGAGGGCUCCUCCCCUAUUCUCUCUCCUAGCAUCGGCCGCAGGAUUGUAGCGCCUGGUGUGGCCGUCUUUAAGAAGCUCCUCCUUGACCGACUCACUUCCAACAAACAAGAUGGAGAAGAGGUGGGAGAGCGUGGGCCGGGUGAUGGUCGGGAGGCUGGCCAGGAUGAGUUGAUAGAGAUCCCCAGCGAUGAUGAGAAUGAGGCCACACCAGCACUCACUCUUGACCCGGCGACGGACCCCACCACAGACCGCUCCCUCUCAGCCAGCCACGAGGCUGGUGGGGAGAGUGUCAGUGGUGGAAGUGGCAGCAGUGUGGGUGGCAGCAGCAGUGGCAGUAGUGGGAUCAGUGGUGGCAGCAGUGGCAGUGGGACAGGCCAGGCAGGAGGCACUGGUGGUGGAGUGGGUGGUGGUGCCUCCACACUCCUCCCCUGGGGUGCUCACAAGGAGCGGGCACAGUUCCCGGCCACCGUCCACAUCGACACAGACCUGCGGCCGGGGGAGUUUGUGAUGCGCACGCUGUUUGCCGAGUUCACUGUGAUGGCUGAACGGAAGAUUGAGUGUGUCAUGUUGGAGCCGCUGGAACGUAGCUUGUCCAAGAGUCUUCAGCGCGGUGAGGAUCCCACCUUUGACCAGUUGCUGCUUGCAUUUGGCUGUGUGGCGGAGCAUUGUCUUCCCUCCCUGCUGCACACACUCUUUGCCUGGUAUGACCGCCAGGGGGUGGAAUGGGGUGCCACAGAUGCUCGCUACCGCCAUGACCCCAGCAAGGGCAAAGGGGGUGAGACAGGAUGGAGUGUGGAGCGUGAGACGGUGCAGGAGAGGAGGGACCUGGCAGUGGAGUUCAUCUUCUGCCUGGUUCUGAUUGAGGUCCUGAGACAACUUGCUGUUCACCCAGGCCAUGAUGACUUGGUGAAGCACAUUGAGGACGUCGCCUUCAAGCACUUCAAGUACCGAGAGGGAGUUCAGAACAACCCUAAUGGAGAAAACAUCAACACCAUUGCUGAUCUGUAUGCUGAGGUGGUGGGGGUCCUGGCACAGUCACGCUUCCAGUCGGUGCGUCGGAGGUUCAUGGCUGAGCUGAAGGAGCUGCGGGCGAGGGAACAGUCGACGGUCACCACACAAAGCAUCAUGUCCCUGCUGAUGGGCAUGAAAUUCUUCCGUGUCAAGAUGGUGCCAAUAGAGGAGUUUGAGGCUUCCUUCCAGUUCAUGCAGGAGUGUGCUCAGUAUUUCCUGGAGGUGCGGGACAAGGACAUCAAGCAUGCACUGGCAGGCCUCUUUGUGGAGAUCUUGGUACCUGUGGCAGCGGCUGUGAAGAAUGAAGUCAAUGUUCCGUGUCUCAAGUACUUUGUGGAGAUGCUGUAUUCCACCACACAAGACAUGGCUACCAAGAACAAGCACAGACUGGCUAUUUUCCCCUUGGUCACCUGCCUCUUAUGUGUCUCCCAGAAGGCAUUUUUCCUCACUAACUGGCACUACUUUCUGGCUAUGUGUCUCCAGCACCUCAAGAACCGGGAUCCCAAGAUGUCUCGUGUAGCUCUAGAGUCACUGUACCGCUUGCUGUGGGUGUACAUGAUCAGGAUUAAGUGUGAGAGCAACUCUGCCACUCACUCUCGGUUGGCUAGCAUCGUUAACUCCCUCUUCCCCAAAGGCUCCAAGGCUGUUGUUCCCAGGGACACACCACUCAACAUUUUUGUGAAGAUCAUUCAGUUCAUUGCCCAGGAGCGGCUUGACUUUGCCAUGCGGGAGAUUGUGUUCGACCUCCUGUCAGUGGGGCGGCAAAUCAAGAUUAUCCUCACUCCAGAACGCAUGUCCAUUGGCCUACGUGCCUUCCUAGUAGUGGCUGACAGUCUCCAGCAGAAGGAAGGUGAUCCUCCAAUGCCCCGCACUGUAGGGGUGCUGCCUUCAGGGAACACACUCAGGGUCAAGAAAACUUUCCUGAACAAGAUGCUCACCGAGGACAUGGCACGCAACAUUGGAAUCUCCGCCUACUAUCCUCUGGUGCGUAAGUCCUUCAAUGAUAUCCUCAAGGCCCUGGACAGCCAGUUUGGCCGCCCCCUCAUGAUGACCAACACUCAGAACGUCAACAAGGAGCCCGACGAGAUGAUCACCGGGGAACGCAAACCCAAAAUUGACCUUUUCCGCACUUGUGUUGCUGCUGUGCCAAGACUCAUACCCGAUGGGAUGUCUGGCCGUGACCUGGUUGACCUGCUGGCCCGCCUCACGGUGCACAUGGAUGAGGAGCUGCGCCACUUGGCCUUCCAGAGUCUCCAGAACCUUGUGCUGGAUUUCCCAGAGUGGCGACAUGACGUGUUGUUUGGUUUUAUCCAGUUUUUGAUGAAGGAGGUUGGGGACAGCUAUACACAACUCCUGGACAAUGGGGUGAGGAUGCUGCUACAACUGCUGACGGCCUGGAAGAAUGCCCUCACCAACACUUCAGGGACUGGAAGUGGAUCAGGGCCGGGGUCAGGGAGCUCCAAGAGAGACCCUGGUGUGGGAGACCUCCAUCAUCUGCAUCUACACCAGCGUGGGGACCACACGGACGUGCUGCGCCUGGCAGAGGGCUUCUCCAUGGUGCUCCUUUGCAGCUGCCGCCAAGCUCCCCGGCGGGUGUCUGUGGCCAUCAUGAGGGAGGUGAAGAUGCUGGCCAAGGCACUGGGUGAGGAGGAUCCACUCAACCGGCCCCUCAUUGAUGUCAUGGAUGAGUGGUGUGGCAUUGUGGUGGAGGGGGUGCUGACCUUGCUGCCCCCGGGAGAGAGGUCAGCAAUUGCCGCCACCACCAGCAUUGACCUCCAGUGGCUGGCUGACCGCAGCUCCUCUGUCUGGACUGGAGGGUUUGUGGAGGAGAGUGGCAUGAAGAGUGUGAGUCAGCAGCACCUGGUGAGUGAGGACGUGUGGGCGCUGGUGCUCUGUGGGUUUGUGGUGCCUGGCCGAGUGCUCACUGACUGUCCCCAGGCCGUGAGCCAUGCCUGGCCCAUCGUGUACACCCGCGCCACCUCCCUCUACUCCCUGGUGGACCCAACGCCUCCCAACGACAACCGCGCUUCUCUGCUCCGUAGCGCCACGCAGGUCAAAAAGCCCAUCAGCGAGCGUGACGUCUACAUGAACCUCUGGCGUAACUAUGUGGUGUUGGCAUGCAGAGUUGUGCCGGCCAUCACCAAGACCCCCAUUGUGCGCUGCGCAUCUCCAGACAUCAGCUUAGGAUCAUCACCAGACAGUGGAGCAGGAGGGGGCGGAGAUCGAGGUGGAGAACGCCCCUACCCAGGCUACUCAGUCUCUCCCACAUGCCUGUACAAGCUGCUGGUGCCCUUGCUGCGCUGUGAUGCCACGGACAUGAGAGAGGCAGUCACUCUUGCUCUUGGGAAGAUCAACCAUAUUGCUUUAAGUGACCUGAUGGAGGAGAUCUUCCCGUACAUCCGUGAGAGCAUUGACCGCAAGCAGGAGAACAUGCGGCGGCGGCGGCGGCGGGAUGCGCUGCGCCUCACCCUGGUCAAACUGUUCCAGAUGAUUGCCGAGCAGGGCACCUUCCCCCUCAGUGAGAGGGUGCUGGAGGGGGACACAGGGGCCCUGAGGAAGCGUUACUUGGAGUACGUGGAGGGGGCGAGGCAGUACCUGGAGGGGGAGACUGACAAAGACAACACCCUCCUGCAGAUCAAGACACACUUCUGCGAGUUUGUCCGCAAGCUCAUCGCCACUUUUUCCUUGGAGCAGAGACAGACCUUGUUGCCACGCUCUCUACGCAAGUCUCUCUUUUAUUUGUUUACCUCAUGGAGUGGUAUUUUUGGUGUUCCUUUUGGCUUCAAGGUGGGAGACACAGGACGCAGCGGCAACAACAUCAGUGGCGGUAGUGUGGCGCAGCCCUCAGAAUUUGAAUUGUGUGCUGUGCAGGCGGCCAGCUCAGUGUUGUGUUGUGGCCCUGCCUUUGACCCACAGCUCCUGGCAGAUGAGGCACCAGUGUACCAGUGGCUGGAUGCUCUCCUUGGCUCCCAUGAUGAAAAGAUCUACGCCCUGGCGCAGGAGACCAUCGUGCUGCUGCUGGAAUUCAACCCGGACUCAGGGGCGGUGCUGGACUGGGUGGUGGACAGAUGCUACACCGCGGCGCCCGAGGUGGCUGACGGCUGCUUCAACGCCCUCGCCACCAUCUUCUCCGCCAGAGAGUACCCCUGUGACCACUACACGGCCAUCAUGAACGUCACCUUGCUCAACACUGGCUGCCCCCGCGCCUGCAUCCACGAGACGGCCCUUCAACUCCUGCAGGUGCUCGACAAGCGCUUCUUCGGGGCCGUCACUCCUCUGGUGGGCGAGGCGGAAGAGAGGCGGGAAUCAUCCACCCUAGAUGUGCUUCUCUCUUCCACGUACUCCCGCUCACAGUUGUACCUUUCCAAGCAGCUGGCUCACCUGCACCCGGAACUCACCAUGCCCAUGUUCUCAGAGGUGAGUUACAGGCUGCAGACGGCGAGAUGUGCAGUGAGGCAAUUACUUCUUCAUUACCUCCUGCCGUGGCUAUACAAUAUGGAGCUGGUUGACCCCUCCACGCCUCCCGCAGCUCCGCCACACGCCCCCCACUACUGCCAGUACUACGGUGACGAAGGGCGGGGGUCGAACCUGCGGAGGGAAGGCUGGGGGUCCGCUGAAGCCACUGAGAUGGUGCUCAACAACUUAUUCUACAUCACUGCUAAGCUGGGGGAGGACCAUCCGAAGGAAGUGGAGGAGCUGUGGGCCGCCCUUUGCACCUGCUGGCCCAACAACUUACGGGUCAUCAUUCGUUACCUCUUCAUCAUCACUGGCAUGGCCGCUGCGGAGCUCCUGCCUUACGCGAAGAGAGUCAUCGUGUACGUGGCACGGGCUCGUCCUGACCGCCUGGUGGAAGAGCUCAUGGCAGAGAUGGGUACCGUGGAGACCCUCAACUGUGUCAUCGAGAGGACUGAGACACCGCCUUUCUUUAGGCUGACUUCAAUGCGCAAGACAUCUUCUCACGGGGAAGGCGGUGGUGUGGGGGGCAGCGGGACGGGGCAGCAGGAGCAGGCGGGGUCUGAGCGAGGCACCUUGCACACCAAGCGGCACUCUGGGGACCACCACGACCUGCCCAGGGAGCGCUACUCACCGCUGGUGUCCCGAGAGCAGCGUAGUGCCCCCGGGUCCCUGCGCAGUGUGUCCAGUGUGGGAUCGGGUGUCUCCAGCGUCAUUGCUGUGGAUGGUGGUGCCCCAGCUGCUGCUGCCACCACCACCACCAAGUCCCGCCCAAACUCCUCCCAGUCCCCCAAUCUCCCUGAAGACACAGUGGGCACCGCGGAGGUGAGUGUGGGGCACCACCACGCCACAGAAAGACAACUUUGCAAUCCUCCGCGCCCAGAGCAGCGGUGCGGCAGGGGCGGGGGCGGGGCAGGGGCGGGAGACGACCAGGGGGAACGCUACGACCCGCCCCAGCCCCACCCACUCCCCAUGCCCGAAUAUGGAGGCUACUUCGCCCCGCUCACUGAGUACCUGCCUGACAGCUCCCAGCCCAUCACUGCUUUUCACAGGUGCAAUGUCGCUGUGAUGCUGCUGUGUGAUGUCAUCGUGGCAGGGAUUGACGUCGACUGCCACAGCGUUGACUGGUCCAUUCACGUCCCCCUCAUGCUGCACAUCAUCACCCUAGGACUGGACCACUCCCGCCCUCUUGUCCACACUCACUGCAAGACCCUUCUGGUGCACCUGCUGACAGUGGUGGGGGACCAUCGAGACCACCUGGGAGUAGCCCGGGUCCUGCUGAACAACAAGACCACUCAGCUGGGCUAUGGGCUCGUCCCUAAUAAUGUCUUCACACACUCUAAGAACUUCACUGAGGAACCCCCUAGUGACCCAGUGCCUCCCAUUGUGGCAGCUCCCCCAGGCUUUGAGAACCCUCCUGACACCACCAGUGAGGCCGGGGAGGCAGUAGAGACCCUCACCACCACUGUUGUCACCACCAUCACCACUGCCACCACUGUCACCACCACCGCCACCACCACCACUACCCAAGGGGAUGUGGGAACCAGUGUGGCAGGCAGCACUGGGGUGUCAGGAGGCGCCACAGAAGACUCGGUGCCCCAGCCUGUUAUUGUCACCUCUGAGGACACUGCAGAUACUGUCUCAGCCUCAUCUGCUGCCACAGGGCCAGAGCAGCCACCCAGAGAUGACUUGCAACAUAGUAUUAUGGCUCUCAUUGACUUCAUUGCCUCCAGCAAGAAUCAGCCUCUCUGGCCAUAUGAAGACAUCACCUCCAAGCAGUUUUCCAUCCGAAGUGCAGACCAGCUGGCCAAUUUUGUCCGUCACGUUGUCACGGUGUUUGGCCAGUCGCUGCCACACACACACAUUGAGGAGCGCUGGGCCCAGAUUGCCCUCCACCUGGCCCUGUCCUGCUCCUCCCGCCACUACGCCGGACGCUCACUGCAGGUCUUCCGUUCACUCCACGUUUCCAUGUCGUCCCGGAUGCUGAGUGACCUGCUGGGCCGCCUGGUGGAGACUGUGGCAGAGCAGGGCGACGAUAUGCAGGGCUAUGUCACUGAGCUGAUGCUGACCCUUGAGGCAGCUGUGGAUGCCCUGGACUCAGACUUCAGGCCCAUCGAGUUUGUGCGAGAGUUGUUUAAGUCAACACCAAAUCUGAACAACAAAGACCGCAAGAGUGCUCUUGGCUACGGGAUGAUGGGACACUUCUAUGGGUCUGCUUUCCCUCCACCCUCUGCCCCCAUGUCCCCCAGUGGCCACAUCCGUUCCACAUCUUAUUCCAUCUCCUACGGCCGAGGGAAGCCCAUGGCCUCCCCCACGGCGGAGCUGAAGGUCCAGCCAGAGAUGCGAGGGCGCAGCGGCACCGAUGUGGACACCCGCAUGAGGCAGCAGCAGCAGCAGCAAAUGACACAGCAGCUACAGCAAUCAACUAACCUGUCCCGCUCUCGUUCUGCUCAGUCCCUCAAGCAGCUGGCCGACCAGAGCUCCUCUGAUGACAAGAUGACUGUUCUAGCUCAGCUCUUCUGGAUUGCUGUGUCAGUGCUUGAGUCUGAUUAUGAAUAUGAGUUUAUCCUGGCCAUGAGACUGUUGGACAAGGUGUUGGCUCGCCUGCCUCUUGACCGCCCAGACUGCAGAGAUAAGGUGGAGAAGUUACAGCAGCAGCUCAAGUGGCGUGACUUCCCCGGCGUCCAUGCUCUGCUCCUGAAGGGCUGCACCUGUGCCACCACCUACGAGGCCACCAUCACCUUGCUCUCUCGCUUCACACAACUCACUGACCUCCAGGUGGUGGAUCCCAGUCAGAGCAGAGCCUUUGCCAUCAACGUCAUUGCACUCCUCCCGUAUAUGCUGCAGAAUUAUGAGGAUGACAACCCGCUGUGCAUCCAGGCGGCGGAGAAUGUGGCUCAGGUCUGUAACGAGAAGGGUAAGCAGCUGGAGAACUUGGCCACAGUGAUGACCCUGUACAGCCGCCGCAACUUCAGCAAAGAGAGCUUCCAGUGGACCAAGUGUGUGGUGAAGUACCUGCACGACUCCUAUGCUCACCUGUCCCUCAGCCUGAUGGCCUUUCUGGUGGAGGUACUGGAGAAAGGCCCCACCACUGUGCAGAACCCAAUCCUCAACAUCCUUCACUGCAUGCUGCACUACAUUGACAUCAACACGGCAGCAGCUCAGCUUGUCAACGGUGACCUGCUCAGAGUCAUCGCCAAGUAUAUUGAAGGAUCACACUGGAAGGAGGCACUGAGGAUCCUGAAGAUGGCUGUGACUCGGUCUUCCUCCCUGGUGGUGCCACCCGCCUCCUCCCACACCCACUACUGGGACCAUCACAUCUUCACUGACAUCGAGACCCACUUUAAGAAGGAGUUGCCAGGCCGAACCAUGGAGUUCACCUUUGAUGUGACACAGACUCCCAUUGUUGGGCGAAGGUUCCUGCGAGGCGGGGCCGGCCCAGGGAUAAGUGCUGGCCAGAUCAGUGCAGGUUCCUCUACUGUUAGCUCAGCCACCAGUGAUAGUCUGAGGGAACGUGAGCAGGACGUGGCCAGCAGUGAGGGAGGCACCAGUCUGGGGGUGGAACCUGGAGGACCUGGCUCAGCCUCUCCACGCCGCUCCCUCUCCCUCUCAGCAGCCGACACAUCACACCUCGCUGGCUGGAAGACACCUUGGCUCUCUCAGGCCAGAGUGAGGGAAGCCCUGGUGAACCUGCUCAACACCUGUGGGCAGCGGGUGGGUCUGCCCAAGUCACCCUCGCAGCAGGAGCCGCCCGCCAGCAAGGUUAUCUUCAGUCAAAGUUCAGAAUUGGAGCGGCAGUCGUCCAUGGCCUCAUCAACGGAGGAGGUCUCUGUGGCACCGGGUGACACCAACAAUGACCGCACAGCCGACGACAUGACCUCCUCAGAGAAGCAGUUUGCCGUCUUCAAGGACUUUGACUUCCUGGAGUAUGAGCUGGAGAGUCAAGGGGAGGAGAGUGUGGACAACUUCAACCUAUGGGGAGUGAGACGACGCUCACCAAGCAACCUGGAGGAAGGGGAUAUCUCAAGCCACCUGGAGGAUGCCCAGAGCACUGAUCUGAUCUCCUCCCAUGCCAAGAAGGUUACGCCUCCUGCUGACAAUGAGUGGUGGGAAGAAGAAGGCUCUGUCUCUCCUGUGGAUGACCCGAGUCUUGGCGGCAGUGAGCGUUCCAGUGGAUCCCGCCACUCAUCCUCCUCCACUUCCCUUCACCGGCACUCUCACCACCACACCCUUCAUCACCUCCACCACCAUCACCACCACCAUCAGCCCCCUGCAGUGUCCACAGCAGCCUCAACAUCUGUGUCGGCACCAACAUCCAAGUUGACACUUGACACCAGUGUGCGCCGCCCUGCCUCGCCGACCUCCAUAUCAGAUGAAAGCAGUGAUGGUGACCUUGGGGACAUGACUCCCUGCAAUGCAUCGCCAAGCAUCACUGCCAUGCUUUUCCGCCCCAUCCGCCAACCAAAUGACCUGGAGGACACCUGGCGUUCACACCUCCUCUCCCUCAUUGCCACAGACGCCCCCAUUGUGCAGCCUAACCGCACCUGCAUCCUUUUUAGCACUGUGUUUUCUGAGAGUGUCAUGAAGUUCAGUGAGUUGAUUGGGGAGAGCAUUCAGUACCUUGGCGAGGGCGGGGAAAUGAACCACAUCUACGUCUCCUUCCUGCCACACAUGGAGGGUGUGGCAGGGACAGCUCCCCUCCCAUAUGUGUUUGUGGAUUCAAUGCUGCUGACCUCAACACAACUCACACCUCGCUUCCGAUCCACUUUCAUUGCCCUCCAUGAGCAUCUCGACACCUACCUGGACAAGCGGGACAGUGCCAACAGGUGUCUGGACAGCAUAAAGUCAACAGUGAAGCUACAGAACCUUGGAGAGAGUCUUCCCGAGUUGUGUCCAGAUGAGCAGCAUACAGACCUGUGCCGUUGUCUGUACAAGCUACACUUCCAGCUGUCCCUCCUGUAUGACACCUAUGCCAAGCUACUGCUUGUGAUGCUGCAGGCUGCCCAUGCCACACAGGCAAGUGAUCACAGUGUUGAACUCAGCACCCUUCAAGGUAAGCUAGUCACUGCAGCAGAACAACUGGACUCCACACCACCCACCACCCCCACACGUAGCACUCAUUCCCUGCCACCUGAGAGGGAAUUGCCUGAGGGUGAGGAGGGUGAAUGUGAGAGUGUAGGAGGUGAGGAGAGUGAAGGUGGCAGUGCCUGUGAAAGCAGUCUUGGCCGUACUGAGGGAGGCUCACCGGUCAGCUCCUCUUCUUUAGGCUCCCAGUCCUUGGAGCUUCCUGUGGUACCACCAGCCUCCCAGCCUGAAGCAGAGCUGCAGCUGCUGCAGCUGGUGGCUGAUCAGCGAUGGGUUGGAGCGCUGCAGUUUGUACGACAGCAUCGGGCGCUGUGGCCAAGAGAAGCGUCCUCAGCUCAUGAUGACAUCACCAUCAUCCUCAACACCUACUGCACCUAUUUGGCUGAUAAGAAGCCAGGAAUGAUUGCAGUCUGUGGGACAGAGGGAGAGCUGCAGGAUACAAUUUCCAGGCUCAUGGACAUCAACAUGUCUGCCCACUCGGCCCUGCGAGUGAUUGAACAGACUCCACACCAGGUGCGGGAUUCACUGGAUUCUGUCAUCCGCAAGACAGAAUGUUAGUGUCCCACCAAGCCUUGCCCUACCCAGUCUGGCUUGGCCCGCCCUGGCUCUUAGUAAUGGCAGGGCACCGUGCUUCUUAAGUCUUCGUGCAUAAUAUCAGCUUUCUUAUGUAAUGAGUGUUGUCCUGCGUGGCAGUAUUACUGGCAGUGUUGUCAGACAGCUUUUUGUGAUGUAUCUGGGUUGGGGCCACAACACCCCAUAGCCCAUUUAGUCAAUUCACAAUCUCUCAGUGUACGUUGCUGCAAUACAAGAAGCAUAACAGUG